AUGCUCUUCUCAGCCAGGGGUAGUAGAGUUGCCUCGGCCGCUCUGUCGGCAUCGCGCUCGGCACGAUUGACUUCGCGGGCCUCUUAUUCCGUGAGCGCCCCUCGAUGGACCGACAACACUCUCCAGGCCAACGACCCCUCGCCCAAGAAGCCCGUUCCCAAUGUCUCUGCUACCAAUGCCGUGCCUGUGGACUCAAUGGGCGCCUUUGACGACAAACUCGUCGAAACCCCUGCAGAGGCGGAGCAGAAUCGCCACCUGCAGGCUCCGAACCGUGCUUCGACCUGGGCGAAGAACCAGCGACCAAGAGCGGAGGCCAUGACCGGCCCUCGCUUUGAGCAAACAAUCAUGGAACUUCAGCCCCAACCCUACGCGGCCAUUGAGUUGAUUCACAAACAGCCCGUCCGAUGGACGAAGGAAAGAGUCGUCUCUUGCGAUGGCGGCGGUGGUCCUCUGGGCCACCCUCGAAUUUUCAUCAACACUGACAAGCCCGAGAUUGCCACAUGUGGAUACUGUGGUUUACCAUUUGCGCACGAGAAAAAUAAAGCGUAUCUCAAGUCCCUGCCCAGCACGUCAUACCCUCUCGAACCAACUGGACAUGUCGCUGAGGUGGAAGAGGCCCAACGAAUCACUGAAGGAGGCUAUGAACAACGAUGA